CUAGAGGCGGUCUUUAGAUUUGUCUGGGUGUGGGGUCGCGCGGUUUGAGGUUUUGGACUCCGUGGGUGUCGCAGCGGUCGGCGUCGCUGCGACUAACUUGAGGAGGCGCGAAAGGAGGGGCUGUCCCCGCGGCCCAGGCGGCUCUGAGGCUCGGCGACGCCGCCCGGGGCCCCGCGCCAGGCCCGGGCCAGGGAGCGCCGCGCCCGGCGCCUCGUCUCCCGCCGCUCCCGGCCCCGCUCCGCCCCCGAGGCCGAUGGCGGCGGCCGCGCGGAGGGAGCCGGCUCAGGAUAGAGAACACACUGUGGGGGUGAUGGAGGAGGCGGAGAGCCCAGCAGGAGGUAAUUGCAAUAAUCUAGAGGACUGGGGUUGUACUGGAUCCUGUUUGAACUUGUCAAGCAAUGUCUGGAUGCCAUGUGGCAGUUCACAGGCCAGUGUGACCUUUCAUGAUGUUGCCGUGUACUUCUCUGGGGAGGAAUGGAGGCUCCUGGAUGAGGCUCAGAGAUGCCUGUACCUGGAUGUGAUGCUGGAGAACUUUGCGCUCAUAUCCUCACUGGGUUGCUGCUGUGGAGCAGAAGAUGUGGAGCCUCUUUUUCAACAAAGCAUUUCUGUAGCAGUCUCACAGGCCACGACUCCCACGGCAGCUCUAUCUUCCCAGAGGACCCACCCCUGUGAGAUGUGUGGUCCAGUCUUGAGAGACAUUUUCCUCUUUGCUGAGCAGCAGAGAACACAACACAGCCUGAAACUGUUAAAGUGUGGGGCUUGCACAAAAGGAUUUUAUUUCAGUGCCAAGUUUCAACAGCACCAGGAGCAGCACGUGGGAGAGAAACCCUUCAGAAGCAGAGUGGGUCAACAGCACCAGGAGCAGCAUGUGGGAGAGAAACCCUUCAGAAGCAGAGUGGACAGGGCCUCGUUUGUGAAGAGGUGCAGAUUCCAUGUGUCAGGGAAUCCCUUUUCCUGGGAAGAGGUGGGGAAGGACUUCCUGGCCAGCUUCGAACAACAGCAGCAACAGAGCACUCAUACCAGGGAGAAGCCCAAGAAAAUCACCCAAUGCAGGGCCACUUUACCAGGCAGAAACAGUCAUUACACCUGGGGAGAAUGCAAGAAAGCCUUCACUCCCAUUCGCACACUUGUUCAGGACCAGGGUGUCCAUGCUGGAAGACAGUGUUUUGAGUGCCAUGAAUGUGGGAAAACAUUCAGGUACAAAUCCUCGUUUGUUAUGCACCAGAGAGUCCACACUGGGGAAAGGCUUCAUGUGUGUGGAGAAUGUGGCAAAUCUUUUAGGCGAAGCUCAACCCUUGUUCAACAUCGAAGAAAUCAUACUGGGACAAGACUGUGCAAGUGCAGCAAAUGUGGGAAAUCCUUAAGCCACCAAUCCAUCCUUACUCAUACUCAGAGAAGUCAAAGUGGAGAGAACAGCUAUGUGUGCAGUGAAUGUGAGAAAUCUUUUAACCGUAGCUCAGUGUUCAUUCAACGUGGGAGAGUACAUUCUGGGGAAAUGUCUUAUAAAUGUAGUGACUGUGGGAAAUCUUUUACCUCCAGCUCUGCGCUCAUUUAUCAUCAGAUUUCUCACACAGGAAAUAGGCCUUGUGGGUCCAGUAAAUGUAGGAAAUCCUUUAAGGAUAGAAGCCAAUUCAGUCAACAUCAGACAGCUCACAUUGGAGGAAGGCCUUAUGGGUGUACUGAUUGUGGGAAAUUCUUUAAUCGAAGAAAUAACCUCAUUUUACACCAGAGAGUUCAUACGGGAGAAAAGCCUUACAAGUGUAGUGUCUGUGUGAAAUCUUUUACUUGUAGCUCUGCCCUCAGUUAUCAUCAGAGAUCUCACACAGGAGAAAGGCCUUAUGAAUGCAAGGAAUGUGGGAAAUCUUUUACUUCUAGGUCCAGCCUUCGUUAUCAUCAGAGUACUCACACAGGAGAAAGGCCUUAUGAGUGCAGUGAAUGCGGGAAAUCUUUUACCAUGAGCUCUGGCCUCCGUUAUCAUCAGAGGAUUCAUGGUAGAGAAAGGCCUUAUGAGUGCAGUGAAUGUGGGAAAUGUUUUAUCUUUAGCUCCCAACUCCGUUAUCAUCAGAUAGUUCACACUGGAGAAAGGCCUUACAAGUGUAAUGAAUGUGGGAAAUCUUUUAAGAAUAGGUGGAAGCUCAUCAUACACGAGAGAGUUCACACGGGAGAAAAGCCUUAUGUGUGCAGUGAAUGUGGGAAAUCUUUUACCUAUGGCUCCAUCCUCUGUUAUCAUCAAAGAGUUCACACUGGAGAAAGGCCUUAUGAGUGCAGGGAAUGUGGGAAAUCUUAUACUGCUAGCUCCAGCCUCCGUUAUCAUCUGAGAUCUCAUACUGGAGAAAGGCCUCAUGAGUGCAGGGAAUGUGGGAAAUCCUUUAAGGUUAGAUCACAGUUCAUUAAACACCAGAGAGUUCACACUGGAGAAAGGCCUUAUGAGUGUAAUGAAUGUGGGAAAUCCUUUAGCCAAAAACCUCAUCUCUCAACGCACCAGAGAGUUCAUAACAGAGAAAGACUUUAGAAAUGCAGCUAACAUGGGAAAUCUUUUACUUUUGAUUCCAGCACCCAUUGUCAUCACAGUUCACACAGGAGAUAGGUCUCAUGAGUACAGUGAUUGUGGAAAGUCCUUUAGCCAAAAACAUUCCCUCGCAGUGGAGAACUCCUAAUAGAGAAUGGCUUUACGAGCACAGUGAAUGUGGGAAAUUCUUAUGGGAAAAUCUACCCUCACUCUACAUAAGAGUAUUCAAACUAGAGAAAGACCAAGAUAUACAGGGGAUGUGCAAUUCCCUGGUUUGAUGUAAGGACAUCAGAGGAAACUGAGGAGCCAUUUGUCUGAACUGAAUCUCAUAUGUCUGAACAUGCACAGUGGGGAGAUUCCUCAUGUGUGGUAUGUUGCAUUUCCAAUCCGUCUAGGGUUCUUGCCACAUAUGUCACUGCCAAUUUCUGCGCCAAAGCCAUUUCACCUCUACCACCUGGCAGGUCCACACAGUGUGCAUCAGUCACCACCCCUGUGUGCUCAGCGAAGCUGAUCUCUGUUCUCUCAGGAAUUAGAGCAAAUUAGGAAUAAUGUGAACCCUUACGGGGGUCAGCUUCCCUCCUACUUGACUAUGUUGGGCAUGGACCUGUGUUGCUAUUGAUUUGGGCUAUCAUGUGAGUUCAGCUGGCAGCUUUUCACAAAGAUGAUAUUUCUCAGGACAUGUUGGUCUCACAUGAUACUUGUUAUGAGAUUCCAGCUUCCCAGUCAUGAACUGGAGAACUGCCUGCCCCACAUUGCUUUGUUUUGUACAAUAACAAAGACCUUCCUGUUUAAGUCGUCUUUAAUCUUGGAUGUUCUCUCACUGUGUGGGGUAGUUUAUAAACAGAUUUGGGCUCUACAAGCAUGAAGGGAAAACUUUUUAAGAGUCUCAAACUGUGUGCCUGAGGAGAGACAGUAUAAUGGCAGGAAAUGACUUGCCAGUUUUGACCAAAUUUCCAUUGCUGCCCACAGCCUCCCAGGAAAUACUGCAAGGCUUUCUGCUCCUCAUUUGAGGCCUGGAAGCGGGAUUCAGGAGGCUCAGUGAUGACCCUGAAGAGAGGGUUGGUGUGAGAACCUCAAGUGCAUCUGAGGGCAGCAUGAACUUUUUCCCUUCCUCACAGGAGGUCUCACAGGGGACGUCAGCCCUGUGGAGGGGAUAUCUUCCCAUCUACAAAGAGCCAUGUGCCGUGAUGUCCACAGUUCAUUGGGCGAUGGUCACUGGUUGUAAGACCGUUGUGUCCAGGGGAAACCAUAAUUGAUGGAGAAACACUGGCUUAACAGGGAAUGGAGGAGACUGCAGCCAGCUAGAUGGAAUGUGCCUCUUAUGAAAGUGCAUGCAGAAACUGUUCUGUGACACUGACUGUGUUGGAUCAGUUUUACACAAAUCUCGGGACCUCCAGGCCUGUUUAUCUUGUUUAGCUGAAAUCAUUACCCAAGAAUGUAAUAAAAAUAAUUGAAAGGUUUUGUGGA